CCAGUGAAAGUGAAACUGGUGACAGCAUGAGAUAUCCGCUUGCUCUAACAUGCCUUUUACUGUUAAUGGCAGAAAUUUGGGGUCAUGGCAUGAUGUUGGAUCCUCCUAGUCGUUCCUCGCGCUGGCGCUUUGAUGCGACUGCGCCGCACAAUUGGAACGAUAAUGAACUCUUCUGUGGUGGUUUAUAUACGCAGAUCAGGCAAGGUGGCCGCUGUGGCUUGUGUGGUGACAAUUUUGCGCUGACACCACCACGUCCUAAUGAGAUUGGUGGUCAAUUCGGUGGUGUUGGUAUUAUCAGCCAGUUUUAUGCCACUGCUAAUACUAUAAGUGUAAGAAUUAAGAUUACCACAAACCAUUUAGGGCACUUUGAGUUUCAGCUAUGCAACUUGGAUGCCUUUGGCGCUGAGACCGAGGCAUGCUUCAGUCAGAAUCGUUUGCUCUUUGCCGACGGCAACAACAAAUUGGAAAUUGGCACUUUAACUGGAGAAUUUGAUGUGUUGGUAUUGCUGCCCAAGGGGCUUAUCUGCAAGCAUUGUGUACUGCGUUGGACAUAUGUUGGAGCGAACAACUGGGGCAUAUGCGACAAUGGCAUCGGCGCCUUGGGCUGUGGUCCUCAAGAGACUUUUAAAAACUGCGCUGAUGUUAGCAUUUACAAUGCAGACAAUAUAUGGAGAGAGCCUGGAAGAUCAGCCUAAUGCAGCCAAGA